UCAUCAGCAAAGUGCAAACUGCAAACACGAAUUUUUUUCUAACAAAGUGCCGACUAACGAUCUACUUAUAUAGAAAAACUAAUAAUUUGUAACAUAAAACAGGAUUAUCUAUCUCAAAAUAAGCAAUAUUCUAACAACUUUGCUUAUACUUUGCAAAGCAGAACGUUAUAGAAGUCAUAAUGAGUUUCGGAUUACCAUCACUUAAAGUCAAGCCAGGACAUGCUGGUAACGUGCCUGUUCAAGAGGGGCCUUUUGGCGUCCCAAGCCCAAUGGUAGCAGGCAUUGGAGCGACCAAGAACAAGUUGGGAAUGUCUCAUCCCUUACAAAUGUCUGAGCAAAAUUUCCAUCGCAAUGAAGAAAAAAUGAACAUGGCAAUGUUGAGGAACAUUCAGGGACUACAUGCUCCAAUGAGACUCGCCAUGGAGAGGAAAUUCUCAAGCCAGGUUGGACACCUUCCAUUCCUGCCGAGCUCCAAUUUACAACAUGAUGUGUUCACGGGUCGAUACCUCGACAUCGGUUUUGAAGAUAUCCUCAACACACCUGAGUUCUGUGAGGUAUCCGGCCAACCACACGCGGUCAUGGAGAAGUCUCUGGGACAAUUAUAAUGUAAAUUCCUCAUGUAUUUUUAAUAAACUUUAUUACAG